AUCGCGGGCGCCCCAGCCCUGCGCGCCAGGCCUGCGUGUCCUCGCGCCGACCCCUCCCUCGCGCGCCUCGCCCGGCGCACGCGCGUGGCCUCGCGCAAGGCGGGGAGAGGCGGCGGCUGUGGGCGUCCGGCCCCGAACCUGUCAGACUUGGGGAGCUGGCCUCCAGCGGCGGGCGCGGCGGACGCGAGCACGACCCCGCUCUCCCGUGGCCCCGGGUGGAGCAGCGCAAGCCGGCCUCGCUGAGCCGGCCGGGGGCGGGGAGAUGAGCUGCGGCCCCGCGGCAGCGCCCCAGGAUGGGGAGGGACGCGCGGCACUGCCCUCGAGAACUGGCGCUCCGGUGAAGUAGGCGCCGCCGGCCGUCCGCCUCCCGCAAUCCGUUCCGCACCGCGGUCGCUCAGCCUCUGCCAUGGCCGGCUCUGGCGCGUGGAAGCGCCUCAAAUCUCUGCUAAGGAAGGAUGAUGCGCCGCUGUUUUUAAAUGACACCAGCGCCUUUGACUUCUCGGAUGAGGCGGGGGACGAGGGGCUUUCUCGGUUCAACAAACUUCGAGUUGUGGUGGCCGAUGACGGUUCCGAAGCCCCGGAAAGGCCUGUUAACGGGGCGCACCCGACCCUCCAGGCCGACGAUGAUUCCUUACUGGACCAAGACUUACCUUUGACCAACAGUCAGCUGAGUUUGAAGGCGGACUCCUGUGACAACUGCAGCAAACAGAGAGAGAUACUGAAGCAGAGAAAGGUGAAAACCAGGUUGACCAUUGCUGCCGUUCUUUACUUGCUUUUCAUGAUUGGAGAACUUGUAGGCGGAUACAUUGCAAAUAGCCUAGCAAUCAUGACAGAUGCACUUCAUAUGUUAACAGACCUAAGCGCCAUCAUACUCACCCUGCUUGCUUUGUGGCUAUCAUCAAAAUCACCAACCAAAAGAUUCACCUUUGGAUUUCAUCGCUUAGAGGUUUUGUCAGCUAUGAUUAGUGUGCUGUUGGUGUAUAUACUUAUGGGAUUCCUCUUAUAUGAAGCUGUGCAAAGAACUAUCCAUAUGAACUAUGAAAUAAAUGGAGAUAUAAUGCUCAUCACCGCAGCUGUUGGAGUUGCAGUUAAUGUAAUAAUGGGGUUUCUGUUGAACCAGUCUGGUCACCAUCACUCCCAUUCCCACUCCCUGCCUUCAAAUUCCCCUACCAGAGGUCCUGGGUGUGAACGUAACCAUGGGCAGGAUAGCCUGGCAGUGAGAGCUGCAUUUGUACAUGCUUUGGGAGAUUUGGUACAGAGUGUUGGUGUGCUAAUAGCUGCAUACAUCAUACGAUUCAAGCCAGAAUACAAGAUUGCUGAUCCCAUCUGUACAUACGUAUUUUCAUUACUUGUGGCUUUUACAACAUUUCGAAUCAUAUGGGAUACCGUAGUUAUAAUACUAGAAGGUGUGCCAAGCCAUUUGAAUGUAGACUAUAUCAAAGAAGCCUUGAUGAAAAUAGAAGAUGUAUAUUCAGUCGAAGAUUUAAAUAUCUGGUCUCUCACUUCAGGAAAAUCUACUGCCAUAGUUCACAUACAGCUAAUUCCUGGAAGUUCAUCUAAAUGGGAGGAAGUACAGUCCAAAGCAAACCAUUUAUUAUUGAACACAUUUGGCAUGUAUAGAUGUACUAUUCAGCUUCAGAGUUACAGGCAAGAAGUGGACAGAACUUGUGCAAAUUGUCAGAGUUCUAGUCCCUAAUUAAUUUUAUAUAUUUUGGGGACUCUUGCCUUAUUUAUCCUGCAGUCACAGACUUGAGAGCAAUAAAUGCAAACCUAAAUGAGAAAAUGGAAUCCCUGACAGCUGUGUCCAUAUCAAGCGUCAGUCUCUCAGUCGCCCCAACCUGACAGUGCUAGUCUCUGUUUAAUGGUAAAAGGAGACUUUGCCAUAAUUUUCAGAUGAAGAUGUUUCCCAAACACUGUUUACAGAAUGAGACGUGACUCUACAGAUACCUCAUAGAAGACAAUCCAAGAUCAUACUUCAUUAAUUUGACAGAGUACAUGUCUUAAAGGAAGCAUCAAGAAUUCAAUAUUUGCAUUUAAAAAUACUUUUUAAGGCCAUUUUAUAUUAAGCCAGUGCUGGAAAACUGAAUUUUUUUUAUUAUGUAUAAUAAUCUCGACACCCAGCUUCUGGAAUUGCUGCUUUCUUUUUACAGAAAUUACUACCCAACAGAUUUCAGAAAGUACUAGUAGUUAUCCCGAAAGUGGAAUAAGCAUGUAUUCCUAAGUGUUUCAGAAAUGUUUUAUUUCACAAAUAAGUCUUAAUGUUAUUGUUAUGGUUAUACUUUAUAAACAACCUUUUCCAGAUGCUACAGGGUUUUGAAUCUCAAAGUUAACAUUUUUGAUUAUUUGUAAUCUUAGAACCAAAUCUUUACUUAUUGUGGUCGCUGUUAUUAAAUGAUUUAGGAAAUACUUUCAAUAUUAUUCUGAAUGGCUGAAGUUAGUCUUAAACUCAAAUUACUAUAUGAUGAUUUAAAACAAAAUAAAAGAGCAAGGAUAGGGGUUGGAGUUUCAGGUUUAGGUCUUCCCAACAUCACUUUUAUCAUUCAUGGAAUUGUCUUAAAAAAGCAAGAGACUGCAAAAUGUAAACAGUAAUCUUCUGUCCCUUUAACAACUGCCAACAAUUUGUACAAAAAAUGUGGUACAUUGGUUCCUGCCUCCACUCCAGAUCAUCUGUGUGUUUAGCCUUUCGGGUAAACUCUAGAGGGUUCAGUUUAUAAUUCCCACCUUUGACAUAGUUUAACAACAUUACUUCGGAGAGAAUUUUAUGUUUUAUGAUACGCGUUAUGUUUUAUUAUAUAUUUUAUGUUUUAUGAUAUGGGUUAGGGAUUCUCCGUGGACUCCAGAAACCCUAAAAUACAAUUUUGAGGUUUUCCAAUAAUACCAUAGCAGAAAUGUCCAAGGGGUUGGGGGAAGAUAUUACUUUGAGAAAACAGAAAUGUAAAGGAUUUGUGACCUUAUGUAUGUGUGUGGUUUUUUUGUUUUUGUUCUUGAGAGAAUCUCACUCUGUCACCCAGGCUGGAGUGCAGUGGCACGUGACCUCUGCUCACUGCAACCUCUGCCUCCUGGGUUCAAGUGAUUCUUCUGCCUCAGCCUCCCAGCUAGCUGGGACUACAGGUACACCACACCCAGCUCAUUUUUUUGUAUUUUUAGUAGAGAUGGGGUUUCGCCAUGUUGGCCUGUCUGGUCUUGAACUCCUGACCUCAGUUGAUCCGCCUGCCUCAGCCUUCCAGAGUGCUGGGAUUACAGCAUGAGCCACCAUGCCUGGCCUGUAUGUGUGUGUUUUAAAGCACUAGAUAGGGAUGGACAUUAAAUCUGUGUUGCAGGGAAACUAAACAGAGGUUUCCAAACUGAAGGCAACCUAAUUGUAAAUGCCUCUGUUAAAGAGGCGGCUUGACUGUUCAUGUUUCAUUUUGCAACCAUUGGUUUUGAGAUUAUCUUUUAUGCACAUUUGGAGUCCCUUUUCAACAGUGACAGUUUCUUACACCAAGAAUGGAUAUGGUUCUUGGGCUCCUCUAAGAAUCAGAGUAGGGUAACAAUGUACCAGGCAAAUUGUGAGUUGAAAUUCUAGAUAAGCAUGCAGAUGACUUACAAUAUAAAUGAAGAAUAGGAAACAUUUUAUCUUCUUACCAAGUACCUUACUAUAAGUAAACCUAAGAUAAGAAAACCCAGAUUUACCUAUAAGAUUGUUGGGAGUUAAUGGUGUCAAUAAAAGGAUUGAUGGUCCCUCUAAUGAAACCCCGUAGAUGUUUGUUGAAUUGAACUGAAAAUUUAUGUGGCCAGACACAGUGGCUCAUGCCUGUAAUCUCAGCAUUUGGGGAGGCAAAGGUGGGAGUAUCCCUUGAGGCCAAGAGUUCAUGACCAGCCUGGUCUUUUGUAGAGACCCUAUCUCUACAAAAAUAUAAAAAUUAGCCAGGCGUCGUGCACACCUGUAGUAUCAGCUACUUGUAAGGCUGUGGCAGAAGUGCUUGAGCCCAGGAGGUUGAGGCUGCAGUGAGCCGUGUCCACACCAUUGCACUCCAGCCUGAGUAACAAAAUGAGACCCUAUCUCAAAAACAAAAAGAAAAUAUACAUGAUGGGAUUCCUAUUGUGAAGUCAUUUAAAAUAAUGACUCGAAUUUCUCAGAAAUUUUAGGAGCAUAUAAACUAUUUAAAUCAAAAUAUUCUUACAUAUAGAAACCAAGUGAGAAUAAAUGAGAGAUAUUUCAGUGGACAUCUGGACAUAUUUAUGGACUGAGUAUCUAGCAAGUAGAAAGGAAAAAAAUUCAUCAUACUCUAAUCAUUUUUUUAUAUCUAUUGAGCUUGUUUCUUGCAAACUUUUCUUUAUCUUAUAAAGGCAUAUCUCGCUUUUAUAUCAACCUGUUCCUUAAAAAACGUAUUUGAUAAAACAGGCUAAAAUUCAUUUGAGUAUUGAAAAGAAUUCUUUUUUUUUUUUUUAAGAUGGUGUCUCACUGUCACCCAGGCUGGAGUGCAGUGGCACAAUUCGGCUCACUGCAGUCUCUGCCUCCCAGGCUCAAGCGAUCCUCCCAUCUCAGCCUCCCAAGUAGCUGGUACCACAGGCAUGCACCACCACACCCAGCUAAUUUUUUGUAUUUUCGGUAGACACAGUGUUUCACCAUGUUGCCCAGGCUGGUCUUGAACUCCUGAGCUCAAGUGAUCUGCCCACCUCAGCCUCCCAAAGUGCUGGGAUUAUAGGCAUGAACCACUGUGCCCAGCCAAAAAGAAUCCUUUUGUAAAAUACAGAAACACUGCAAACCUUUGUAAAUCUUUUUUUUUUUUUUUUUAAUGAGAUGGGGUCUCCCUAUGUUGCCCAGGCUGGUCUUGAGCUCCUGGCCUCAAGAAAUCCUCCCACCUCGGGCUCCCAAAGGGCUGGGAUUACAGGGUGUGAGCCACCGCACCCAGCCAUGGAAACUUUUGUAAAUCUUAACUAUCGUGUUCUGCUUAAAGUGAGGUACACAUAAAGUUUCCUGUGCUUUGUUUUUGUAGCAAGAACUACAUAGUUUGUAUCUUUACCUUACUGAGUCUAUGAGAUUUGAGAAUUUGAUUUCACCUUUUGUAACUUAACAAAACCCACAGAAAAGGACGUUAACUUAGCAGAUAGGACCAAGGACUGAAUGACUGCUGACAAAAAGUGUUUGGUCUGUCCUUCACUUGUUGAGCUACAACCAUGGAUUACACUUCUCAGCUGAGCUCUCAAAGAGCUCUAUGCCCUGUGAAAAGCAGUGGCUGAGUUGGAUGAACACAUAACAUUGUUAAUUUUGCACUGGGAAAACAGAUUACGACAGGACCACAGACCACAAUAUAAAAACUUGGCAGUUCUUUGGUGUGAUAUAUUUUAAUUAAUAUUUGCAAAUAAUCAGUUACUUGGGUACAUAAGCCUGUGUUUCACAACUAUGGCCAGAUGCAGCCUUUUGAUCUGUUUCAGGAAAAGACCUAUUAUUCCACUAACAAUUAUGCUGCCUUAGAAACAUAAUGGGAGUGUAACUGAAGAAAGCAUAUCUCAGAAGGGUUUGAUAUGCAGAACUGGAAGCUACUGUAAUUCCUCCAUACAUUUCCAUUAGCUAUGCCUUAUGUAAUGUGAGUCAGAUUUUUACAACUUAGAGUUCCCAUCACUGUUUUUUUGCCACAUCACCGGGUUUCUUAUUUCACUGUUUUCUUUUCAACUUUGGGUGCUUUAUUUCCAUUCUCUAAAACUAAGUUUCUUGCUCUUACAAGACUUAGUGUUCCUCUUGAACCCAGGUGUCCCACCUGACAGUGUUUGUCUUUGGUAGACUUUCCAGAAUAGCCAUAGUCAAGUUCAGACACGUGAGCUUCUCUCUCAUUUUAAUGUGAGGAAAAUCAUCUUUCAGAGACAAGGCACCGCCUAGAAAUGUAUGUCCAGGUAGGAAAAAACCUUUUUAAAAUGGCAGGUUGUUCCUGAUCAGAUUUCUCUGCACACCGGACUUCGUAGAGUAAGUGUGGUAGACAAAGAGACCACUGCACAACCACCAGUGAAUAUCAUUGCUAAGAAGACUCUGGGUCGUGUUUCUCAGCCACUCUCACAGCUUUUGUAGAAUUAAUCAUUUGAUUUUGAAACAAGCAGUUAGCUAAAUCUAUUUUCCUUUUAUGCAUAUAUGUUAAUUGGCUCAACUUAAUAUGGUGUUCUUACAGAAUAUGAGCCCAUUUGAAAUAAGGUUUUAGGCAAUUUUGCUGUUGGCUCUGAUUUGUAUAUAGCAAAUUUAAAGUUACAGAGUGUUUCCUAGAUAUAAGAUUAGUUCAUUUGGUUCAUUUUGUCUUUGAACCAAGCCAAGCUCAUGAGCCAGUUGGUUAUUAGUCGUAAAUGAACACACAUCACUAUAUGCUAUGUUGAGGGGAGGCAAGUCUGAUCUCCAAAUAAUUGAUAAAGCUUAAUAUCUCUGUAGCCAAAAUACAAUUUGCAAACCCUAACUCCAGAUGUGUUGUGUGAAUCUUGACAACCAGGGCUUGAGAUUUGUUUUACUGAUUGCCAAUCAGGUAUAUUAUUUGUGAUGUUCGUGGGAGCAUGCAAAUUAGAAGACAGUGUUGUGGGAGUUCCUCAGUAUUGAAUUACAUGUGCACACUCAGGCCCGCCAGUCAUUGAAUUCUCACUUGUAAAGGGUUUAACCUGCUGUUCCAAUCAUUGAGGACCAAUUUGAUUUUUUGAUAAGAUUGGAAAACAUUUAUGGAGACUUUCCCAGUUAAAUCUAUGACAGUGUCCACUUAAAUAGUGCAAUUUAGUGUAUUCUCAGAUAACUGCAACACAAAAUUGAAAUAUGCCAGUAUGUCAUCUUUCUACCUGGAAGAUACUGUAUAUUUGGAAAGUUUAUGCUUCUCUCAAUAAAUACAUGUUAUUAAAUAAGCCAUAUCACAGUUUAAGAAAUUGUAUAUACUUUAUCAUAUGCCCUUUCAGAAACCAGGUAUUUUGCAUAUGAUUGAUUUUAGAAAGAUUUUGAAGCUGGGGUUUGUCCAUGUUAAUUAAGAUCAAAGUAUAUAUAUAUAUAUAUAAAUGUACUGUAUUUGCAACUUUCAAAUUGUAAUUUCCUAUACACUUCUUAUUAAAGUGUUGUUUUGCCAUGUGGUUUAUUAAAUAAAAAUGUACAGUCCCUUAAA